AGCAAGGAGAUUCGCCCAACAAAGCUAACUUCAUAAUGUUGCUCAGUGCUCGCUGCACCUUCCUAAUGGUUAUCUUAGCUCUGAUAAGUGUGACAGAAAGUAGCUGCAAAGGUUGGAGAGAGUUUCAAGGCUAUGAAUAUAAGCUAAUGGAAGGGCCGCUUGUCUUUUGGGAAGCAGAACAGAGUUGCGUCAGAGAGCACGCCCACUUGGCAUCCAUUCAUAGCGAGAAGGAGAAUAAGUUCGUGUUUAGUCUCACCACCCCAAAAGGAAUGACCCUUAGAGAUAAUGCGUGGAUAGGAUUGUACAGAGUAGAGUCCGAUUGGCAGUGGACAGAUGAUACCAAGGUGGAUUACCUGCACUGGAGCGUCGACGAUCCCAACAACGCUGAAAACAGCGAAUACUGCGUGUUUAUGUUCGAAUAUGAGUUGAAGAAGUAUAAAAACGGAUAUUGGGGUGACUGGGGAUGCCAUAUAAAAACCCAACACCACAUAUGCAAACGUCGUGCUCGACAUGGGAAUCGACAUGGGCAUUGUAAUGAUUGCUGCCGCUGAUGACAUAC